AUGCCGGAAUUAUCGCAGGAACCGUGCUACACGUGCAGACGACGCCACGUCAAAUGUGAUCGAAUACUUCCGUCCUGUGCGAAGUGUGCCAAGAAGGGAGUGCAGUGCCUAGGAUACCAGAAACCAUUGAGGUGGGCAGAUGGGGUAGCCGUGAGAGGAAAAUUGAAAGGAAAAAGACAACCAGUUGUUGAUGGGAAUGUUGUCAAUGCUGUCCGCAGUUCUAUCAAAGUGCCCUCCAUUUCAACCAUGAAAGAAGCACAACAUGUUGGUCUGCCAUCGCUUGAUCAAUCCUCAAAUCGUGGCAUACUGGAUGACUCAACAUUCCAGAAACUUGUCAAUCAUCCCAGGAAUGCAGCCGUCCACAUGGCUUCGUGCAGUCCCGGUGAUCAGGCUACCGAGCACCUGGCCUUGGAGACUAAAGUGAGGGUCUUCCAACAUUUCAACACUCUUCUACAGAGCCCACAGGAUACGUCACCAGAUUUGAUUGUUGCCUGUGGUUUGUUGAUAUUCGCCAUGGACCUUCUCGAGCACGGUCUGAGUAGAUGGCGGCUUCAUUUCCAAGGUACAUCGCAAGUCAUGCAUUCCUUUGGCGGCAUCGAGAAUCUCUACCUACACUACCCGCACUUGCAGUCGCCACUUAUGCAUGCUGCGCACAUUGAAACUUUCUGGAUCAUACUCUCUCCGUACUCCAUAACACGACCAAAACAGGCUUGUCGAAAAGCUGUCGAUUUGUUGUGUCACGCUUCUAGCGUACAGAAGAGAUUCUUCAAUCCAUGUCCCACACCCCUCACGCUGGCUGUAUGGGAUAUUGGAUACUUUGCCUCGAAGCUUACACCGCCUACCUAUCAAUCCAAUUCGUCGACCAGUACGCCGGCUGGAUAUGAACUGGAUCUGCCAGACCCGAGUACAGAUUUGGAUAGUUAUUUCCAAUUUCACGAGAAUUCCCCUUUUACCGACGUUCCUGAAGAUGCAUCGGAUCCGGAAAGCCUCUCGGACUUUCUCACUGUUGGUCCAUACUUCAAUGAACCAUGGUCAAGAAGUCCAUCACCGCUUCCCUCACCAUAUCUAGAAUCGGAUCUUUGGCAUGAACGUUAUGAACUCCACAACAAAGCUUUUUUCACUUUAGUACAAAGCUUGACCGCUCUUCACGACGAUGUCGACCUGACGUUUCUUCGUCACAUACUUACACCGCUUAUCAUCCUGGCACUAGUCAGUCGGCCAGCAAGCACCGAGCGCGAGCUAUGCUUUUCAUAUUUGGCAAAACACAAACAACUAACAGAAUCAAAUCCGCUACAUAAUUUGACAAACUCCCGAGGUCGCGAAGAACUGAAUAUGGAUAUACCAUGGGACAAACUGGAUGCCUUCUCAGCAAGCGCAGAAAGUGGGAAAGAAGACUCUGUCAUGCAGGGAUGGAGCAAUGGACUGACUGUCGGGGCACCGGAGUGGAAUUGGUGGGACAUGCUGAGUGACCUGAAAUUGGAGCUCAUCUGGCCGAUCAUAUCAGGAACCGGCGACUCGGAGUGUGGCAGUGAAUUCUGGGCAUUUAAGCUCAUAUCGUCCGUCAUCAACGAGGAAUGUUUCGCCAAGUGGGUUUGA